AUGCUAACCCGCUUCCUCGCCUGGUUCCGCCCCUCCUGGCUCCCACCCUUCCAAACCAACCCACCCCCAAUCACAAACCAAACCAUGAAUCUCCAGUGCCAAAGCCCACCCCUCCCCCCUCAGCCCCAAGACCAGCCCCUCGAAAUAGCCAUUAUUGGCUGCGGCAUAAUCGGCGCAAUCCUGGCCCUGGGCCUCCUCUCCAAAAACAUCAAAGUAACAGUCUACGAACAAUCCCGUACGCUCCGCGAAACCGGUGCCGGAAUAGCCUUCACAGCCAACGCGCGCAAAUGCAUGGCGAUGAUCGACCCCCGCAUCGUCGAUUGCGUAGCUGCCGUCGCGACAACGAACGGCGACCCGGGGAAUCCCAAUAAUAAUAUGCAGUUUAUAGACGGGUACACGCAUCGUCCGGAUGAGGCGGACGAUAUGAGUUGGAAGAAGCUUUAUGAGUUGUCGACGGGGCCGAAGGGGUUUGAGGGGUGUCAUCGGGGGCAUUUCCUUGAGGAGGUUAUGGGGCUUAUUCCGGAUGGGGUGGUUAAGUGGGGGAAGAGGUUAGAGAGGGUGGAGGAGUUUGGGGUUGGGAGGGUUUUGUUGAGGUUUUCAGACGGGAGUGUGGGGAGGGCUGAUGCUGUUAUCGGCUGCGAUGGGAUCAAGUCGAGGGUGCGCGAGCUUGUCCUCGGCGAGGGCAAUCCGGCCUCGUACCCCCAUUACACGCAUAAAUUGGCCUAUCGGGGCUUGGUGCCCAUGGAGAAAGCGACGGCGAGGCUGGGCCACUACCGCGCGCAUAAUCAGCAUAUGUAUGGGGGACCCAAUGCGCAUGUGCUUCAUUUUCAGGUCGCAAAGCAGACACUGAUGAAUGUGGUGGCGUUCGUUACGGAUCCUGGAGACUGGCCUCUGGACCGGAAUAUGUCGCAGCCGGCGACGAAGGAUGAAGUUGCUGGUGCCUUUGCGGAAUGGGGUCCCACGGUGAGGGCUAUUAUCGAUCUGUUGCCGGUAGAGUUGGAGAAAUGGGCUGUUUUUGACUCCCUGGAGUAUCCUGCGCCGACGUACUCGCGUGGGCGUGUGUGUAUCGCUGGGGAUGCGGCUCAUGCGUCGGCGCCGCAUCAUGGGGCGGGGGCUGGGGUUGGAGUUGAGGAUGCGUUGGCGCUGACCUUCUUGUUGGACAUGGUGCAGUCUGGUAUUAAGAGACGGGGGCAGAGGAGAUUUUCUCUUCAGGAGGCUUUCGCGGCGUUUAGUACCGUCCGUCGUAAACGAUCUCAGUGGUUGGUGAGAAGUAGUCGUGAAGCCUGUGAGAUCUACGAGUGGAACGACCCGCAGUGUGGUUCCGAUAUGGAUAAGGGAUAUGAGGAGAUUAAACGGCGGUCUCAUAAGAUCUGGCAUUUUGAUAUUGACGGUAUGUUGAAACAGUUGGAGCAGGAGUACAAGACACAUUUAAGGCUAUAA